AUGGCAGCAGAGUCGAACUACGAUUACCUCUUUAAGGUGGUGCUUAUUGGUGACUCGGGCACGGGUAAGUCGAACCUGCUCUCGCGUUUCACGCGGAACGAGUUCAGCCUGGACAGCCGGAGCACCAUCGGCGUCGAGUUUGCGACCCGCAGCAUCAAUGUCGACGGCAAAACGAUCAAGGCGCAGAUCUGGGACACUGCGGGCCAGGAGCGCUACCGUGCGAUCACUUCGGCGUACUACCGCGGUGCCGUGGGUGCGCUGCUCGUGUAUGAUAUCGCCAAGCACUCGACGUACGUGAACGUGUCGCGCUGGCUCAAGGAGCUCCGCGACCACGCCGACAGCAACAUUGUCGUGAUGCUUGUGGGCAACAAGAGCGACUUGAAGCACCUGCGCGCCGUGCCGACCGAAGAAGCGAAGGCGUUUGCUGCGGAGAACAACCUUUCGUUCAUCGAGACCUCGGCGCUGGACGCAUCGAACGUGGAGCAGGCGUUCCAAAACAUCCUCACGGAAAUCUACCACAUUGUGUCGAACAAGGCGCUGCAGUCCUCUGACGACGUGAUCAAGCCGUCGGGCGGCGAGACUAUCUCGGUGCAGCCGUCGGCGGAUGACGGCGGCCAGACCAAGAAGGGCGGCUGCUGCUAG